AUGGCGGACGUAUCAGGCCGUCGUCGUGUCCGCCACUUGUUUGCAAGUCGCAGACAAAAGCCCGCGCCCCCAUCGAGCAACUCACAGAUCGAGCCCGACGACCUCGAGACCGACGCGCUCGAAGGCGACAGUUCGAACGCCCACGUCAUGAGCAGCUCCGCGUCGGAAGCGUCUUCGGUAAUGACCACGACCGUCGCCAUGGAGAGCCCGCUGAAGAAGCGCCUGGCCAAGCUGCCCGUCAUGCACGACCGCUACUGCGUGGCCACGUUCGAGACGAACGCGCAGGAGCGCUCGUGCGUGACGCUGCGCAGCUACAAGAGCCGUCGCGCCUACUACGCGCAGCCGGAGAAGCCGUCGAGCGCUCACGAGCUCCAGCGCAUCCGGGACUGGGACGGCAAGACGGGCUUCCACCGCUACGCGCACGCGUUCACGAUGGAGACGCGCGACCGGAAGCUCUUCCAGUGCGUUGCGCCCAGUGCAGGCGACAAGAGCAAGUGGCUCGAGCUCUUGCCCAGGCACGCGGCGUUCAGGCGCGCGCGCGACCGGCGACGCAACAGCAUGAGCACGCUCGGGCCCGUGCAGCGCUCGGAGCAGGCUCGGGACGACAAAGACGCAAGUGGCAAAGCAAGAGCGGCGUCCGUAGACCUUGCGGGGCCCGAGGCGUUGGACGGGAGGGGCAGCUUUGCUGUCCAGGACCGUCUGUUCCGCACGACGUCGGACGCGGUGUCCGACGAGACGACGUUGGAGGGGUCCGUUCGCGACCGGAACGAGCCGCUGGAUUGGGGACUGUACGGAGAAGGACAGCAGUUGGCAGCCGUGUCCAAGUACGACGUGCAGGAGACCGACAACGACGGAAAUGGCGGGAAGUCGCUGGGUUUACUGGGAAACGAGCUGUUGGAUGAUACAGAAGGAGAGCGCCAGACGUUGGACGCGGACGCGUUUUUGUUUGGAGAAAAUGGCGCGAGUCGAUUUGGAGCCGUGUUCGUUCGCGGUGUUAAACGAGAGGAGGACAAUGACGACGAGCACAAUGACGACGCCGAGUUUGUGGACGAAGAGAUGGAAGCGAGAGCAGUUCAGAAGGACAAGGAGAACAAGAUGAAGCGACGGGCGCAGAAGCUCGAAACGAAUCGAGAUUUGUACGCUGAGAUGGCGGCUGCGAGACUUGCUGGGAUGCGCAAGGAGGCGCGUCAUUCUAAGAAACGCUAUAGUCAUCGCCACAGUCGCUUAUCCACGAGCACUGACGCGAGCGACGUCGAGAUACUUGACGAAGAGCAGUCGCUGGUUGUAGUAGGAAUAAGUGGGGACGUUGCUGAUCCGGGAGAAACGCGUGAGCGCUGCAGUAGCCUCCGCAGUCUUGGUAGCUUCAAUAGUCGCGAAAGGAGCUUUGUGGGCAGUGAGAACAUAAGCAGUUGCGGGAUAAAUGGAGACGUAAGUGGCAAUGGCGAAGAAGAAGAGGUGGAGAACGAAGCUGCUGUGCCAUAUUCUGUUGUGACCACGACGCAAAUCAUUGGCUCGAAGAGUGCUGAGACUGGAUACACGGAAGUUACGAUAGCAGAGGCUGAAGAGCUGCGCCAGAUAAAGAAGGAAUCGCGCGCCGAUCGUCGUGCGAAGAAGCGUAUGAUGAUGAAGGAAAAGGAAGAGGAGGAACGCAUGGCUUUGGAAGCAUUCGAGCUGGCACGAGCUCACCGUGAAGAGCAGCGGGCUCGCGAGGAGGCGAAGGCUCAUGAGGAGCGGACAAAGCGUGACAAGAACGAACGGCGAGAAAUGAAAGAGAUGCGUAAGCAUGAAAGGGUGAAGAAGUACCAGGCUGAUCUUCGAAAGGUAGCAGAUCGAAAGGAGGCAGAAGGUGAAGUUUGCGAGCGCAAGGCGAAGAAGGAAAAGAAGAAAUUGAAGAGGAAAGAAAAGCACAUUUUACCCGCGGAACGCAUUCACCGAAGAGGUGAGAAAGGUGCUAAUCGUUUCGAAGAGUCCGUCCCUGCUGCGAAACAAGCUCCAGCGGAAGCUAUGGACGCUUUGGUCGCCGUGAAAGACGAGUCAACGAAGAAAAUGAGUCUGCAGCUGCUUGCAGCUACCUCACCCGUAUUGACUCCGGUUCCUGUGUCGACUCCAUCGCCUGUUCUGACCGAGUCUUUUUCAAUGCGGCAAGCUGUCUCUACAUCUACAAGUUUACCCGCUCCUAGUAUUCCCUCUACUUACGAGAAUGGUACUGUGGGCGUUCCUGCUCUUGCCGGUGAAGGUACAGCCACUGCAGCAGGCGUGAUGACGAUGCCCCCGUAUCAUAUGUCGCUGCCGCCGUUUGCGCCGUCGUAUCUUCAUGGUCCGCAAAGUAUGCCGGCGUACGGUUUGGCAGCCACGUUCGGUGCCUACCCUCCGUUUUAUACUGCCCCCUACUGCUACGGAAGACCGGUGGGGCUGCAGCCUGCGUUGAUGCGUCCGAACAUGGGAUUCGUGGCCGGGUUGAGUGCAAUGAAUUCUUUUGGCACGGCUGCUGGUCCGGCGCCAGGACCACCUACCCUGGAUUCAUCUGAGCCUAUGAUCGGCCCGCAGCUGCCUACCUUGGAAAAGUUUGUUGCAGCCUCGUCAGACGAUGCGUGCGCACCUUUUCCUUUGCUGUCGUCCGCGGGGAACUCAGUCAGGUCAAAGCUGAUAGACCUGCCAGAACUGCCGGAUGUGAUCGAGUUUUAG